AUGGCUGUGGACGUUGAAGCCAUACAUAUCUACAGGAGAUUGGUUGACAAUCUUCUGGAUCGGGCAGAGGAGGCCAGGCCGGACAAGCAUAUCGAACCCCCGUUGACAGAGGCGCACCUGGGCGAUUCGAUAUGGCUCGUCCAAGGAGACGACGAGCAGGCAGUGAAGCGAUUGAGCCAGCAGACACAAUUUGCCGCCGUCGAAAUUGCCUUCAGAGAGAAGUUCUAUAGCAUCCUUGCGACGACAUCAAUCGACGAGCCUGCCUUUAUCCAAAUAUGGAGAUUACUUGACAUAAUUUCUAUCUUCUCUGACAAUGAACAGUGCGAGCCUGGCCUAAUAUUCUGGCUCAUUGAGGAGUUACUGGAUAGCCAAACAAUCAACGGCUGUCGCAAGGUAUUUGACUAUUUGGAAUCACGAAGAGAGCGAAAUACAAAGAAACACUUCAAGCAAAAGAGUUUGGUUAUUCUCAGGUCUUGCAAUGAAUUACUCCGACGACUUUCUCGAGCAGAAGAUACUGUUUUCUGUGGACGGGUUUUCAUCUUUCUUUUCCAGAGUUUCCCGCUUGGAGACAAAAGCGCUGUCAACCUCCGGGGCGAGUAUCACACCGAAAAUGUCACUACAUUCGAUGAAAUCGCUCGAUCGGCUGCCAAGGAGAACGGGGAAAUGGAUGUGGACACGUCAGAUGAAAAAGAAGCUUCCACGACUGCCGAGGGCCAAAAAUCGAACAACGAUUCCCAAACCUCUGCUAGUGGUGAUAGUCAAUCGAAUAGCCAGGAAACCACCAAAACCCCGAAAGUCGUUGUCUCCAGGGGUGAUGAUCAGAAAGGAAAGAAGCCUGUUGACUUGGAUGCACUCUAUCCGAUGUUUUGGGGGCUACAGGCCUAUUUCUCCGCUCCAACGAAGGUCUUCGAUCCCCAGCAUUUUGCAUCGUUCAAAUCAGGACUCGAAGCGACUCUUUCCAGUUUCAGAAAUAUCAAUACGGAUCUCGACAAUCAAAGCACCAGCAGGGCAUCAGAAGACCUCCGAAAGUCUAACAAGCGAAAACGAACAGCAGACGGACCUGAAAUUGCCAGCAGCUUCAAUCCGAAGUAUCUGACAAGCAGAGAUCUUUUUGAUCUUGAAGUAAACGAUACGGCUUUUAGGCGACAUGUUCUUGUCCAAGCACUCAUUCUCCUGGACUUUAUGCUCUCGCUUACGCCUAAGGCCAAAGCGCGACUAGCUGACCUUACAAACAAAUCUGUGCUUUACGGCUUUGUGUUGAACGAAGAUGAUACCAAAUGGGCCACCAAGACAAGAAAGGCGAUCGAGGAAUAUCUUCAGGAAGGUACUGGAGGGAAGUUUUACUAUCGUAUGGUCGACACUGUUCUUUCGAGAGACAAGAAUUGGGUGCGUUGGAAGGCUGAGGGAUGUCCUCUCAUCGAGCGGCCACCCAUAUCUGUGACAGAAUACAUUGGGGCUCGCGACCACGCAACCAAAACCUACGCCAACAAACGUCUUCGUUCGUCGCCUAUGGGCUCGCUCAAUCUCAAUUUUCUUUCGGAGGGCGAGUCACUGGCAAGCCUUGAGCGACUCAAGGAGCCAGAAAGAUUUUCCGUUCCUGCCGCAGACUCCUUUAUGAUGGGCAUCAUGGAUGAUGAAUUAGACAUCGACAUGGCGCAAACCAAGGAAGAAAAAGAAGAUGCAACGAGAGCCAAAGCCAGCAAGACAUGGCGUAUAUUACGGCUUUCUUCCAGAAGCAAGCUCGCUGCUUUUGAAAAGAUCGAGGAUGGCAAGAAUCUCAAGAUUUUAUUCGAAACCCCUCAAGCACCAGAAGGAACACCUCAGGCAGCAGAGGGAACCCCGAAGGUUGUGGAAGGAACAGCAGCUAAACCAUCAUCGACCGAGGGUGAUAAAACUGUGACCAACGGAACGGAACAAGAGUCUAGUGGUAUCGAGAAAGAAAGCGCUAUGGGCACUGAACAGGACUCGGCUGAAUCCAAACGUCAAGAAGCCGGACCGACCGAUAACCAGGCGACCUGA